AUGCUACUCGAGGCCCGCCCCCAUCCCACGUGCUCCUGCAUCCUUAGGGUCCACGUGGACCACACGCCCACGCUCGGAGAAAACACCUCUCUCGAGGCUCGGGAGCUACGGGCCCGAGUGAGGGCGCGAGGCAUCAUCCCUGGCCAUGGUGCCAGGGAAGUUGGGUGUGCCCCAGGAGACCUCACGGCAUCGAGCAUUGCCAGUCCUGGGGACAGUCAGGCAUUGAGCAGUGGAACGAGCUCCAUUUCACAGCCACCUAACACUGGUAUUUCUAAUGAUGACGGUGGACGCACCUUCACGGAAAGAGGCAAAGUCAGACGGGACGUCAUAGAUUUGAGUGUCUGUACCAGGGAGAAGUUGGCACAUGUGAAAGAUUGUAAAGCAGGUUCUAGUGGAAUACCUCUGCAGCUGGUUACGAAUCUCUUUAGUUUAGAUUUGCCCCAGGAUUGGCAGCUGUACCAGUACCAUGUCACAUAUAGCCCGGAUUUAGCCUCUAGAAGGCUGAGGAUUGCAUUGCUUUAUAGUCACAGCAAACUCUUGGACAAGGCAAAAGCAUUUGAUGGCACCAUUCUUUUCCUCUCAGAAAAGCUGGAUCUAAAGGUCACAGAACUGACAAGUGAAACUCAAAGAGGUGAGACCGUCACGAUCACUCUCACUCUAACGACCCAGCUGUCCUCAAGCUCCCCAGUGUGCAUUCAGUUCUUCAGUGUCAUCUUCAGAAAGAUCUUUAAAAAGUUGAAAAUGUACCAAAUUGGACGGAACUUCUAUAAGCCUUCAGAACCAGUGGAGAUCCCCCAGUACAAAUUGUCCCUGUGGCCUGGGUUUGCUGUUUCUGUGUCCCGAUUUGAAAGCAGACUUCUGUUAAAUGCUGAUGUGAGCUACAAAGUCCUCCGAAACGAGACUGUUCUGGAAUUCAUGACUGAUCUCUGCCUCCGAACUGGCAUGUCCCACUUCACUGAGACGUGCCAGAAACAGCUAGUGGGGCUCAUUGUCCUUACCCGAUACAACAACAAAACAUACCGUAUCGAUGACAUUGACUGGUCUGUGAAGCCUACUCAUGCCUUUCAGAAACGGGAUGGCUCUGAGAUAACGUACAUGGAUUACUACAAGCAGCAAUACAACAUCACUUUAUCUGACCUAAAUCAGCCCGUGCUUGUUAGUCUGUUGAAAAGAAAGAGAAAGGAUAGUUCAGAGCCUCAGAUGGUCCACCUGGUCCCGGAGCUCUGCUUUCUCACAGGCCUGUCUAGCCAGGCAACCUCUGAUUUCCACCUGAUGAAGGCGGUGGCUGAAGAAACCCGGCUCAGCCCUGUGGGACGGCAGCAGCAACUGGCCCGGCUUGUGGAUGACAUCCAGAGAAACCAAGUGGCUCGAUUGGAGCUUGAGACCUGGGGACUGCAUUUUGGAAGCCAGAUAUCCCUGACUGGCCGGGUAGUUCCUUCUGAAAAGAUACUGCUGCAGGACCACACAUGUCAGCCUGCAACUGCUGCUGAUUGGUCCAAGGAUAUGCGAACUUGCAAAAUUUUGAGCUCUCAGCCUCUGAGUAGAUGGUUGAUCGUAUGCUGCAACAGGGCUGAGAACUUGAUCGAAGGCCUCAUGAGCUGCUUGAGGAGAGUUGGAGGUCCCAUGGGAUUUAACGUGGGUUACCCAAAAAUCAUAAAAGUAGACGAAAAACCAGCAGCAUUCCUUCGAGCCAUCCAGCUGCAUGUCAACCCUGAUGUUCAGUUGGUGAUGUGCAUUCUGCCUUCUAAUCCGAAGAACUAUUAUGACUCCAUUAAAAAGUAUUUGAGUUCUGACUGCCCGGUCCCAAGCCAGUGUGUGCUAACCCGGACCCUGACUAAGCAAGGAAUGAUGAUGAGUGUGGCCACCAAGAUUGCCAUGCAGAUGACCUGCAAACUUGGCGGAGAGCUGUGGGCCGUGGAGAUUCCAUUGAAGUCGCUGAUGGUGGCGGGUAUUGACAUCUGUAGAGACGCCCUCAACAAGGAUGUGGUGGUUGUUGGAUUUGUAGCCAGCAUUAACUCCAGGAUCACCAGGUGGUUUUCCCGAUGUGUUCUUCAGAGAACAGCAGCUGAUAUUGCAGACUGCCUAAAAGUCUGCUUGACUGGUGCUCUCAACAAAUGGUAUAAGCACAACCAUGAUUUGCCCUCGAGGAUAAUCAUAUACCGAGACGGUGUGGGAGAUGGGCAGCUAAAGACAGUUUUGGAUUAUGAAGUCCCACAGCUGCUGAGCAGUGUGACUGAGUGCAGCUCAGGUGCCAGCAGCAGCAGACUGUCAGUGGUUGUGGUCAGGAAGAGAUGUCUGCUACGGUUCUUCACCGAGACGGGCCACACUGUGCAGAACCCCCCACUCGGCACUGUCGUGGAUUCUGAAGCAACACGUGCUGAGUGGUACGACUUCUACUUGGUCAGUCAAACUGCUAACCGGGGGACCGUUAGUCCCACCUACUAUAAUAUCAUCUAUGAUGACAAUGGCUUGAAGCCUGACCACAUGCAGAGACUGACGUUCAAACUGUGCCAUCUCUACUACAACUGGCAGGGCUUAAUCAGUGUCCCUGCACCAUGCCAGUACGCACACAAGCUGACCUUCCUGGUGGCACAGAGCAUUCAUAAGGAACCAAGUUUGGAAUUAUCCGAUAAUCUCUUCUACCUAUGACAGCUAAGCCAAUAGCAUGGCUCGAUGGAGACGCCCAAAAGAGCAGUUGCUAUAUUUUGUACAAAUCUGCACUUGUUGCCUAAAGAGCCUACUUUUAAGUAUUGGGGAGCAGAGUUUUUUGUUUGUUUGUUUGUUUGUUUUUUAAAGACAGAUGAAACAGUUCAGAACAAAUCUACCCCCCCUGUGUCUUUUAAAAAAAUAGCAAAACACCAAAGUAAUGGGUUUUCUUAUGGCUUUUUUCAUACAUACAUGUCAUUUAACUUUGUCCUUGUUUAUUGUUGUAUUUUUUUAAUAAAAGCAAAUGCUUGAGUAAAUUCUCACUGUGGCAUUUAGGAUGUAUCAACACAGUUUGCUAGGUUCUAAAACAAUGUUUGCUGGUUUUUUGAUGGAUAAGUGAGAUUUAACUUCUUUCCUGAGGUUAUCAGACUUUUUCUAAAUAUGAAAAUAAAGAAAAUA